CCUCGCAAUCCUAAUCCCCUCGUCUUGCUCCCCCCCGUCCUUCCCCACCACACUCACUCACAAUGGCUUCCGGUUUCGGUAACAACGGCGGUCCUUCCCGCUGCUACAACUUCUGGCAGGAGGUUCUCGGUUGCUACGUCGUUAACGGCGGAGAGGGUGAGGCUGGCAAGAAGAAGUGUGUGCCCGCUCUGGAGGAUUACUACGAGUGCCUGCACCACAAGAAGGAGGCUCUCCGCACGAUGAAGAUGCAGGCCGCCUACCGCAAGGCUGAGGCCGCAACCCCCCGUGAAAACGCGCCCAAGGCGGAACAGAUUCGCAGUCUGGGACUGCUAGGGAAAGAGGAGGAGGCAGCGGCAUUUUUGGCCAAGGCUUGAGGGAUGAUAUGCGCAUAUCUGGUGCGAAUACGUAUUGAUUUUUUCCAUUGUCACUAAAGCUAUGCUGUUUUUUUCUGUUUACCCCUGUGGAGUCCUUCGAUGUAUAGAAAUGGAC